AUGUCUUCCCCGAAAUCCCGUGCUCAGUCUUCCUCUGUUCCAGUUCUUCCAGACUAUAUUACUGGGGCUGGAAUCGAUAGUCAUGCGAUAGAGGUUAGGAGCAAGCUCCAUCCUUUUGCCCAGAAAAACCUGGAUGAAAAUGUCCUCCAUUUAUUUGAAAACACCUUGGUGCUGGGGCCUCACUGGUUUGGCCCCGUUCCUCCCGAGAUGGCGGAGUUGAUGAAGAAGGAUGCUGAGGCCCCGCUAUGUUUCGAGAGCUCUUCUGCCCUGGCUUCUCAUUCUUGGGUCAGCAAGAAUUUGAGUCGUUCGUUCCCAUCCAGUGAACUUCUUCCUCGAUUUGGGGCUCACUGGAAGCGGGCUGGAAUCUAUGACGCCAUUCUCCUAUCCAGGCAAUCUAUCAACAGGGAUGAGAAUCUGCUUGCUGCUGCUUUGUGCUUCUGGAACUCUGCCAGUAACACUUUUGAUUUCCGUAUAGGCCCCAUGGCUCCCACUCUGCUGGAUAUGGCCCAGAUUUUUGGUUUUAGGCCUCACGGAAGACCUGUUGAUGCCAUUGGUGAUUAUCACAGGAAGAAGGACCAGCAGAAGCUAGCCAAGCCAUUCACUAUUUCCCCAGCCUUGAUCAACCAGAAUUGCUCCUUCUCCAACUAUCUCAGAAAAUUUAGUGCUGAGAAGGACAAAGAUCAGCAGCAUAUGUUGUUUCUCCUGUAUUGGCUGAACAGGUUUAUUCUGCCCAAUCGUUCUUCUGCAGUUCUGCUUGAGUACAGACAUCUGGCAGAAGCUCUGCAUAAUCACACUGAUGUUGGCCUUGGACCUACAGUUCUGGCCCAUCUGUUCAAGAACCUGCAUACCGCUACUCUGGAGUAUCCGCUGAAUCUGUCUGCUCCUGGUGCCUUCUGGAUGAUUCAGAUCUGGCUGCAGGUCUAUUUUCCUGAGUUAAGGUAUCCAGACAUAGUUCUGCCUGAGAACCAGGUUCUGGCUCAACCGUUGCUGUCAGCAGAAGUCCCCAAGCGGUCAAUUGAUGAAUACCUGAUGAUGUUCAGGCAUUGUACCAAGAGGUCUGCAGCGCAGUGGCAAGUGGUGAUCAGGAGGACCUAUCCUUGGUUUCAACCUGGACAUCGUCUGUUUGAGAAGGAGCCAGAAGAAGAAUCCGCCAGAACUGAUUUUAGGAAGAAGUUCCUGAGUGUGACCUUACCCAGAGAUCUGCCUCACGGAGGGAGGGAAAGCCUCCAAAUUAUCAUUUGGGGGCGGAAGUCUAUCAUCCCAACUUCUGUGCAAGGCAGCUCGGCUGCCCUCAGCUCAUACCCCUCAAGUCAUACAGAAGCUGCAAUCGGGGCUCUUCUUGGAGGGAUGCAGAUGACUUGGAGGUCCACAAAGAUGCCAGGUGUGCCUUCUGUGGAGUUUGACGCUUGGUGGAAAGCCAGAUUCCGUGAUCUGCCUGCUUCUAGCACCGCACUUCAGGUCCUUUUUAAAGGCUGGGACAAUUGGAAUGUCCAUUCAGACGACGAGACUCACAGAUUCAUGGUGCAGACCAUCAAAGACAUCAACAUGCAAAUUAUAGAAGAUCCCUCUCUGACAAAGAAUAUAGGCAGCCAACCAGCCCAAAGCGGAGAGUCAAUUCUGUCAUUGCUGCUGGAGAUCUGGAGUUGCCCUCCGGGGAUGGAGAGGAGGAAGAAGAAGAAGAGAGAGGGAGAUCAGGUAGAACAGACUCCUGUUGAGGCCACUUCUCCUGUCAAAAGAAAAAGAAAAGAAACUGCCCAGUCUGUGGCUCCAGUUGGAGGUCCCUCUCCUCCUCUUACUAAGUCAAAAAGACUUAGAAAGAAGAUUGUAGAAGAAUACGUGGCCCCGGAGGGAACUGGGGCAGUUCCUACCACCACUUCUGGCACGGAUGACGAUCUACGAGAGGCUUUCGAGGCUGUGGAGCAAGAAAGGGAGCUGGAAGAGCUAGAAGAAGCAGGAGAGGGGCCCCAAGAGAAGGCCAAGUCAGUGGAGGAAGAGGAGGAGAUCCCUGCUGAGGUGAUAGCGGAAAGUAUUGCCUUGGCUCGGAAGCAGCAGGAGGAUAUGGGGACGAGACUAACUAACUCAGAGGUGGCCCUCUUUGAUGAUCCGGAGGCGGAACAUUCUACUGCUGCUCCAGCAGAUGAGGACCAAGUGGAACAAUCCGGAUCAGAGCCUGGGGAUCAGGCAGAACAAGUGGUUCCUGCUCCUGAAACCGUAGUAGGAGUGGCUGCUGCCGUUCCCGGGUUUGUGGUAGAAACACAGAGAACUGCUGGGACCUUGGCGGUGAGGACCACCCCUUUGCAGCCUCCGAUUGUUGCUAUGCCUAUUCAUUCCCUUGCAGGUUCAUCUGCCACGGCUUCUUUUGCUGACCCGGAGCUGGCAGAAUUUGAGGCCAUGGACCUAGAUGCCCAGCUGGAUAAGUUGGAAAAGCUCAGCUCUCCUGUUGGUAAGACAAAGUCCAGGGCAGUGGAAGAAGCAAUGGAGAGAUUGAAGAUCUGGCAGUCUGCUGAAUUGGAGCUGGAUGAGGACAGAGAGGCCUUUGAUCAACUGAUGAAGGAUCUGGACCUGCUGCAUAGACAGAACAUGGCCCCAAGACCCAUACUUGAGAUGAGUCUUGUCUUGGCAAGGGAUGUGCUUAACCUUCACGACCGUUAUGAAGACCUGAAGCCUACCUUCAAAACCUCUGAGUUCUGCAAGGCCACUCAUGAAGCCAACUUGGCUGAUUUUGCAAAGCAGAAGGCAGAACUGGACCAGAUGGUUGCGGGGUAUAAAGAAGCCAAAGCUGCUGGGGAUAAAUUGGAAAAAGAGAUUGCAGAACUUCAAAAACAGCUGGCAGAGCGUCGGGAAGUGCAGCACAGGCUCGGGGCUGGAUUGAGUUCUAAGACCAAGGCCACUUUCCUUGUGCAGAACAUGGUUGCAGCUUCUAGGCCAGCCCUGGAGAUUGCAGAAGCUUCAAUUCAUCAGGGUGUGCUGCUCCAAAAGGAACUUUCUACCAAGAAGACUAACCUGCAGGAGACUCUUAGAAAACUAGGAUUUUGA